AUGGCGUCGACUUCGGCCACGGAUGUCCCUCCUGAGGUUCAGGCUGUGAACGUCCCCGAUGGCACCACCGACUUCAUCCCUCUCAGAGGCAAGAAGUACGAUCUCAAGAAGCCUCACAUUACCGAGAUGCCCAUCACCUGGGGUAACUGGUACAAGCACGUCAACUGGCUGAACACCACCUUCAUCAUCUUCGUGCCCCUCGCCGGUCUCAUCUCCGCCUACUGGGUCACUCUCCAGACCAAGACCCUUAUCUUCUCCAUCGCCUACUACUACUUCGCCGGUCUCGGUAUCACUGCCGGUUACCACAGACUUUGGGCUCACACCUCUUACAAGGCCACCCUUCCCCUCAAGAUCUGGCUCGCCGCUGGUGGUGCUGCUGCCGUUGAGGGUUCCGCCCGCUGGUGGUCCAGGGAUCAUCGUGCUCACCACAGAUACACCGAUACCGACAAGGAUCCCUACUCGGUCCGCAAGGGUCUCCUCUACUCCCACAUCGGCUGGAUGGUCAUGAAGCAGAACCCCAAGAGAAUCGGCCGUACCGACAUCACUGAUCUCAACGAGGAUCCCGUCGUCGUCUUCCAGCACAAGCACUACAUCAAGUGCGUCAUCACCAUGGCUCUUAUUGUCCCUACCCUUAUUUGCGGUUUCGGCUGGGGUGACUUUGCUGGUGGCUUCAUCUACGGCGGUAUCCUCCGUAUCUUCUUUAUCCAGCAGGCUACCUUCUGCGUCAACUCUCUUGCCCACUGGCUCGGCGACCAGCCCUUUGACGACCGCAACUCACCGAGAGAUCACGUCAUCACUGCCCUCGUCACCCUUGGUGAGGGUUACCACAACUUCCACCACGAGUUCCCCAGCGAUUUCCGUAACGCUAUACAGUGGUGGCAGUAUGACCCCACCAAGUGGUGCAUCUGGGCCUGGAAGCAGCUCGGUCUCGCCUACGACCUCAAGAAGUUCCCCCACAACGAGAUUGAGAAGGGCCGUCUCCAGCAGCAGCAGAAGAAGCUCGACCAGAAGCGUGCCACCCUUGACUGGGGCAUUCCCCUCGAGAACCUCCCCGUUGUCAGCUGGGACGACUUCGUCCAGGAGUCCAAGAACGGCAAGGCCUGGAUCGCUGUCGCUGGUGUCAUCCACGAUGUCGGCAAGUUCAUUAAGGACCACCCCGGUGGCAAGGCUCUCAUCAACUCCGCUAUUGGCAAGGACGCUACCGCUAUCUUCAACGGUGGUGUCUACAACCACUCCAACGCUGCCCACAACCUUCUCUCUACCAUGCGCGUCGGUGUCAUCCGCGGCGGCUGCGAGGUUGAGAUCUGGAAGCGUGCUCAGGCCGAGAACAAGGACAUCGCCACUGUUACCGACUCUUCCGGCAAGAAGAUCGUUAGAGCUGGCCUUCAGCCUACUCGCGUUACUCCGCCAGUUACCACCGCUGAUGCGGCAUGA